AUGGCGGCAGCGUUUGGCUUUUGCAGGAAUGCUUUCUUACGGCACGUCAAGCCAUCCAUGCCAAUCGCGGCUCGACAGGUGUUUAGACAAACUCGAACGUACGCAACGCCAUCGCGUUUCCCGCCUAUCAGAUAUAGACCGCCUACCCAAAUGUCAGAUGGAUACAAUCGCUUUCAACACAAUCAAAAAGUUCCACUUUACAUGUCAAAGAGAGUGUGGGUCUUUGUUGGUACUGGCACAGUUAUUUAUGGAGGUUAUUAUGUAAGUCACCUGGAGAAAGUGCCCAUCAGUGGUAGAACUCGGUUCAUCAAUGUGACGCCUCGACAAGAAGAAGCGAUGGCUAUAGAAGCUUACAACGAAGUGAUGCACCAGUUUGGUAGACGAAUCCUGCCUGCUAAUCAUCCCUAUACCUUGUUUGUCAAGCGAGUAGCGAAGCGACUGGUACAGGUAUCCGGCAUGGAAAACAUGAAGUGGGAGUUUUAUGUGGUUGAUUCGCCCGAGAGAAAUGCUUUUGUUUUACCGGGCGGAAAGGUGUUUGUGUUUACUGGUAUUCUGCCCAUCGUUAAAAAUGAAGACGGUAUGGCCGCUGUUCUGGGCCAUGAGAUUUCGCAUCAAUUGGCCAGACAUAGUGCUGAGAAGCUCAGCUUUGCCAAACUACUGUUGGCUCUACAAUUCACACUCGCAUUCCUGGGCAUCGAUCCAUCAUUUGUAUUUAACCGUUUCUCGCUGAACUUUUUGAUGAUGAAACCAUUUUCAAGAAAAUGUGAGACUGAAGCAGAUGAUAUUGGCUUGCAGUUGAUGGCAUUGGCUUGCUUCGAUCCAAGAGAGGCAAUCAAUGUUUGGAAGAGAAUGGAGGCUGUUGGCGAGGUGGAUAUUCCUCAAUUUGCUAGUACACAUCCAAGCCAUAAAACCCGUAUUCAACAUCUUACAAAGGAGUUGCCUGCAGCAUUGGAAAAGCGUUCUCAGAGCGAUUGCUCCAGUGAGAUGCGAUCUUUUGCUGAUCAAUUUAGAGACACUUGGGUUCGUUGGUAG